AUGCCGUCCUCCACUACCCUUACAACGAAGGUGACUUCAGGAUCACCCUAUCAGCUAGAUAAGCCUCAGGUCACCAAAGCUUCCUCCGCACUGCUGCGCUAUAUCAAGUCCAACCAGGAAGAGAAAGAAAAGUCCGCAACCAAGAAGACUCUGAUUGGUGAUAACGACUCAGAUGAUGAGGAGACACCCAUGAACAACGAAGCCGUUUGGCUUAUCCUUACCACCAAGAAGCAUGUGGUCGACAAGAACCGCCUGAAGCCUGGAAAGAUCAGCCUCCCGCACUCCCUCAACUCGUCGCCUUCCCUCAGCAUCUGCCUGAUCACUGCCGACCCGCAGCGUGGAGUCAAGGACAUCGUUGCUGACCCCUCCUUCCCCAAAGAACUUUCUUCCCGUAUCGACAAGGUCAUUGGCUUCAGCAAGCUGAAGGCCCGCUACCAGAGUUUCGAGAGCCGGCGCCAGCUGCUUGGAGAACACGAUGUUUUCCUCGCCGAUGAUCGUAUUAUCAACCGCCUCGUUACCACCCUCGGAAAGGUCUUCUACAAGUCGAGCAAGCGACCAAUUCCCAUUCGUAUUGCAGAGAUCGAGAAGUUGGACGGAAAGCGUGUCAAGAAGGACCCCAAGCAGAAGCCCGCCAAGGAGGACAGAAGCGCCGCUUUUGCCGCUCCCCUGAUUGUCGCGAAGGAGAUUGAGCGCACCUUGAGCUGCGCUUCCGUGCAGCUUGCACCCUCCACUACUGCCGCAAUCCGCAUUGGUACUUCCAAGUUCACUGCCGACCAAUUGUCCGAGAAUGUUGCUGCCGUUGUUCAGGGUAUGACCGAGAAGUUUGUCGCAAAGGGCUGGAAGAACUUGAAGGCAAUCCACGUCAAGGGCGCCAACACCAUGGCCAUGCCCAUCUGGCUUGCCAGUGAGCUGUGGGUGGAGGACGCUGAUGUCGUUGAAGAGAUCGAGGCCCCCUCAAUCAAGAGCAAGAAGCGCAAGUCUGUCGGCGAGGAGAAGGCCAUUGAAGGCAAGAAGACCAAGAAGUCCAAGUCCGUGGAAGACGAGGAGGAAGCUUCGUCAGGAGCGGCACGGAAAGAGAAGCUCCAGCAGCUCAAGGCCAAGGCCCUUGAGGAUGGAGAGACCGUAGCCGCACCCCAGGCGGACAAGAAGAAGAAGAGAAAGUCGACUUCAUGA